UCUGUCCUUUUGGUUAUGAAAUUGGUUCAUAGAUGAGAGGGAGAGGGGAAUGAAGCUUAUUUGCCUAAAUUGUGUUGUACUCCUCUACUCUUCUGACCUUCCUCAUUCUUCAUUUGUUAUCGUCCUCUCCCUCUCUCCCGCACAGUUUUCUCAGCCGCGCAGUCACAGUGGGUUGAUGCUAAACUUCGAAAGCAUCAUUAGAGCUUUUAACGGAUCACGCCUGAAACUAUUGGUAUAAAUUAGAAGACUGAAAGUGGAGAUAAAAAAUGGCAUUGAGACGGUUCUUUGGGUUCUCGGAUGGCGAGCUAAUGAGGUCGGAUGCAAAACCUUGCUCCACAUUAACGAGGCAAACAGCAGCGAUUUUCAGCGUCGGAGGGGCGUUGGGAUUCUGGGUCCUCUGCAGAUUGCACUAUGGUCCUAGAAUUACAACUCCUAGGAGUCUGCGGUGGGCUGCUUGUGGAGCUGUUUCUGUGAGCACAACUACUGCUUUACUGGUUCGCCUAUUUAGUCCUGAGUGCGAACCCCAGAACAUCGAUGCUUACGACAGAGAAAAGUAGUCAAUAGUUCAUCAAUUCAAUUAUAUGAACUAUCAGUUCGACAAGGACCGGCGGAACUGUUUGUCUCGCAAGAAUACUUGGUGCAUUUAAUUAUUUAAUAUGGUCAUUGCAUUUUGGCAUUCUUUCUCCGGCAGGUCUCCAUGAUAAACUGCUGCAGAAUCAAGAAUCUCUACAUGGGCUAGUUUUCAGCGAAGCCCAUGUGAUAUUGGGCUUUCUUUAAAACAAAAGGUAAGACUUUUCUGGCCCUGUUUAACAGGCCUUCUUCCCAUCCAAUAGUGGAUUUGAUUGGGCCCACCACCUUUGAUUGAUGCGGAUGCAUUGUCUGACUUCAGUAUUAGACACGGCCGAAGACAUUAUGUCACCUAAAAUAUAUGAUUAUGUCAACUGAUAUUGGUGUGAAGUCGAAAGAUUUGACAAGUCAUUUUCUAUUAUUUGGCAUUUAUGCAGAGCAUCAGCAUGCGGAUCCAAAUGCAUGCACUUGAUA